UUCAACAUCCAUCAAUUCAUUCACUCAGUCAUAGCCAUGCAACGACAAUGGGAACGGAUAUUUAAAAACUGCAAAGGCAAACAAACAAAGAAAAGAGGUCACCAGGCAUAAAUUGACAAAUUGGGGCUUAUAUCGUGCUUUCAGGUUGUUUUCUGUUAUGAAAUGGACCAGAUCAUAGCCUAAUGUCGCGUGCUGCUGUCAGUCUGCUGCUGCUGCUGUGGCCGCGUGCAGAUGUGGACAUACUAGUACAUUAAGCCAUUCACCUCGCGAGCUAUUGUCCCCUCCAUCCUCUUCCACUCCAUCCCCUCGCUCGGGGCCAAACUGGCGUGUGCGUCCCUCCCCGGGUAUGUCUCUCCGUCUCUCCGCCAGAUGGGGCGGAAAACAGAAGCCUCUGGAGAGAGAUGUUUCCUUUCUCAGCCGUUUGUCCUACUGGUGGAUUUACAGAGUCGUGUCAGCGGGCCAUAGGAGGGGGCUACAGCUGUCGGACCUGUGUUGCCUUGGCGAUGAGGACUCAGCCCAGAGUUUAUGCUCAGCCCUCCAGCAGCAGCAGCAGCAGCACCGGACGACAGAGGGACGGAGUCAUAGCCAAGAGUCAGGAGAGGAGGAGUCACUGGGUGGAAACACCUCCCACCCAGGUGUUCACCUGUCUGGCCCCGCCCUGCUGUGUCAUCUGUAUGGGUGGCUUCGCCCCUCACUGCUCCAGGUGACCCUGCUGAGGAUGACCUCUGACCUACUGGCCCUCCUGCCCCCUCAGGCCCUCAGGUGUGGUAUUCUCUACUGUGAGAACCAGCCUGUCUUUGAUUGGUCUGGGCUUACCCAUGCCCUGGCACUAUUGGCUGCUGUAGUGUGCCACGCCCUGGUCCAGCAGGUGUGUGAGCGUCACAGCAGGAUGACUGAGGUCAGAGUUCAGACAGCACUGAUUGGAGCCUUGUAUAAACAGGCCCUGUCCCGGUGCAGUAUUCCUGGGUGUCUACCCUCCCCUGCCCCAUCGUUAACCCCACUCCGGGCUGACGUUGGACGGUUAGCAGAGCUCCCAGUCUCCCUGUCUGCCCUGUGGUCUUCCUGGGUGCAGGGGACAGUGUGUGUGUGUCUGCUGUGGAGAGAGCUGGGUCCCUCUUCUCUGGCAGGACUGGCUGUAUUGUUACUGCUGGUACCGCUCACCUCUGCUGUACAACGCAGGGCAAGACUAUUACAGAGAAGCCAGGAGAGCAUGAGGGGAGAAAGACAGCAGCUCGUGCAGGAGAUGCUGAACGGAAUCAAAACGGUGAAGUUGUUGGUCUUGGAGGCGUGGUUCCAGUGCAGAGUGGGCAUUGCCAGAGAGAAGGAGCUGGAGACGCUGAGGAUUCUGGGAUUCCUGACGGCCUUCUCCCUAUUGGACCGCGUCUGCGUGCCUUUCCUGGUGUGUGUGUCCAGUUUGGGUGUGUAUGUGCUGGUGGAUGAUGGUAACGUUCUGACAGCGUCUCAGGUGUUCACCUGUGUGUGUCUGUUCACACUGCUACGCUCACCUUUUAACCUACUGCCGUCCCUGGCACUGCACCUCACACAGACCUGGCACUCCCUCUGUCAUCUGGACCACUUCUUCUUCUCACAGGAAGUCUCUCACACAGAGAAUGGCACUCUUUCAGAAAAUGGGGUCAAGAAAAGCUGUCUCGAGGAGCACUCAGAUCGGUGCAGUAAUGAGACCUUGAGAGAGACAGAAGCAAACACUGUACAUCUGCCCAAACAUGGUGUGAGCAGUGUGUGUAUUCGGCUGUAUCUGCAAGUGUGUGGCUUGGGCUGGGUGUUGUUGACUGUAUUUUCCCAGGUGUGUGUUUGUGUGGUGGGUGUGUGUCAGACCGGUCUGUUAGCCGUGUGGACCAGACAGGCUAAAGAACUACAGGGGCUGGAGGAGUGGAGAGAACUACGAGACUCACGACUAUCUGUCUACGCUGUACUGGGGCUGCUGCAAGCUCUGUCCGUGUGCUGUGUAGCAUUAGCAGUAACUGGUGGUUCUCUGAAGGCGUCUGCCAGUCUCCACUCUGAGAUGCUCUUUGCUCGGCUCCGCCUUCCUCUCAGAUUCUACCAGAUCACGCCCUCUUCUCUGGUCCUGCGCAGCCUAUCACAGGAGAUGUACGUGAUUGACGAGCUAGUCCCCGCCAACCUCCUCUCCUGGCUCUCCUGUUGGCUGCAGGUGUUUGUGACAGUGCUGCUGAUUGUCUACGUUUCCCCUCUCUUCAUCCUGAUAGUUCCGGUGCUGACUUACCUCUUCCUCACAAUACAGUCAUACUACAGGUCAGUCUCGGGUCAGGUGAGGAGGAUGGUUUCAGACUCUGCCUCCUCUCUCUCAUCCCUCCUUUCUGAGUCACACAGGGAUGAGGUCACCAGUGGUAGUCAUGACGACCCCUUGACCCGUUGCUAUGGUGCCCUCAACGAGCACCUGGUGUGUCGCUACAACUGCAUUUUAUUGGACAGGUGGGUAUCAGUGUGGUUGGAUGCCUUUGCAGGACUGGUUCUGUUCCUGGUCUCUGUGACUCUACUGGACUCUGAGGUGGACCCCAGUACUGUAGGACUAGUCCUGACUUACACCCUCAGCCUGAGAGAGGUUCUUCAUCUCCUGGUCCAAGCAAGCUGUGGCGUAGAGAGCAGUGCUGGUGCCAUCCAGAAGAUGGACCAACAUGCACACAUGGAGAGAGAGUGCACCCGGACCAGAGAGAAGGUUGGUGUGGUGAGCAGAUCAGGAGCAGAGCUGGACGCCAUAACCAGUUCUCUUUUCCGAUUGGUGGAGGGCCGAAGGGGCGUGUUGAUGAUUGACGGGGUGGACAUCUCUAGUGUGGGACUCCAUGACCUUCGCAGCCGGUUGGCGGUCAUUGCUCGGGUUCCAACUCUGUUCUCCUGUUCACUGCGCUCCAACCUGGACCCCUGGGGUUGCCAUGGGGAUGCCCAGGUGUGGCAGGCACUGGAGAGGUGCCACCUGAAGGAAAGGGUCAGCUUGCUGCCAGGACAGCUCCUCUACCCACUACAACACGGGGGGGCCGGGCUCAGGUAGUGAGAGGAGGCUGCUGUGUGUGUGUGUCGUGCCCUGUUGAAGGGCUGUGUUGUCCUGGUAGUGGAGGACCCUAUUCCCCCUGUAGACGUCCACACUGAGAGGCUGCUCCAGAGCAUCAUACACACACACUUCUCCCACUGCACCGGGCUGUAUCUAACACAGAACCCUGGGAACGUCACACACACUGACAGGGUGUUGGUGUUAGAUGGGGGACGUGUGGCUGAAUUUGACUGCGCCUCUGCUCUCCUCCAGAGGGGGGCACUGUUCUCCCAGCUGCUCUCUGAGACACAUAGAAACCAAGACACAGAAGAAGAGUGAAGAAUGAGGGUGGAAAUUGGUAUUAGGAACAGAACUAGGAUAAUUUUACCCAUGAUCAUAAUGAUGCUGGACUAGCUGUUUGAUUUUGCUCAGUUGUUUGAAGCAUUGGGUUUCAACACCAGAGUAAUAACACCAGAUUAAUAACACCAGAGUAAUAACACCAGAGUUGUGGGUUUCAACACCAGAGUUGUGGGUUUCAACACCAGAGUAAUAACACCAGAUUAAUAACACCAGAAUAAUAACACCAGAGUUGUGGGUUUCAACACCAGAGUAAUAACACCC